GUCGGGCGACGGGAUCUCGACUAGUGUGACGUGUUUUGUGACGGUUCGGUUCUACGGGGCUUAGACACACACGGAGCGUGGCGUGCUGCGGACUGCUGCUGCGGCAGACAAAGACAAACUUCCGCUCGGUGGCUUCCGCUGGGCUCGAGCGGCUCAUCGCCCGUCAGUUGUCGGUGAAGGGUGCCAGCGAACGGACGCAAGUUUCUUUCCUUCGGGUGUUUACCGUGUCGUAUGUGUAUGUGGGCUAGUGCGGUUUCUAGUCCUCUGAUCCCUAACGGUAGUAAAUGGAUGGAACGAUAACUGAUUGACUAGGACAAAGGCGGUGCUGUUUGAAUUAUUUAAUUAGGGCGGAAAUUUAUUUUUUCUACGCCACAGAGUUUAUAUGGGACACGUUCCGGUUCGGUGGUUGUUGAUGAAAGUGGAAAUCGGAAGUAAAAGCGAGUCCGCUGAUAGAUAAUCGGAGCUUGUGAAUUGUUAUCAAAGAAGGUGUAUUCUGUUUGAGUUAAAUGAAAAAAAGUGAAGCAUGAAGAAAAGUGCGUGUGAGUGUAGCGAUCAAAUAAAGUGAAAAUCCAUUCCAAUUAGUCGCGUCGAAAAAGCAAUCUCAUAAUUUCGUUAGUUUUUCACCGCGUUUCCGUCGUUGCCAGAAUUGCCGAUUGAACAUCAAAGAGCAGAACGGAAAAUAGCAAUUCUGCAACGGUGGCCGGUCACUGGUGCUGCACUUAAAACGACUUAGCCGAGGGGAAGUUUGCGUAACGGCUGCUAAUUCGACUCCCCAGGAUUGGUGUAAGUCGCUCCGGCUGGUGAAUCGUCAGAUUCGGUGUCAUCAAAGGACAACAGAUCGAAGGGGUUCGAUGUUAUGGUUGAAGUGGUCACGGUCUUCUUCAGCAUCUCAGUAGCUCGCUUCAAGCGGUCCAAUGAACGCGCGCUUGGAAAUCUCAGCAUCGCAACCGAGCAGCAUUCCCUGCGGCGUAAUCCAAUCCGCAACUGUCGACUCGCCGGCAAGCAGGACAAUGUAGGAAGUUAAUUGCAGAUUGGCCCGACUCUGCUGCCAUAGCUGAAACUAGAGCAGGCUACUUUUAACGGAGUACCAUAAGGCAAUCCCUCAUCGCACCUGAGUGAGAGGGGGCCGAGAAAAGAAAUUAAAAAGUUAGCAGUGGAGGACGCAGGUGUAGAACCGUGAACGAUGAUGCUUCGGAGAAGAAAUCACGGCAGAAGUGAUUGAAUCAGAGAAAGUCCUGAUCGAAAAACUGCCGGAAAAGUUUUCUGCCGAUCUGUGCGUUCGACGGUGAACGGUGAGGUUGUAGUGGAUUUGAAGAAACCGGUGAGAAUCGAUUUACGGGAAGUGUGGGAGCGAGUGGAAAUUGGCUGAAAUGUUGCGUAAAAAGUGUGGCUGUUUUCGGCGGAAACGACGUGGCUCCAGCAUCGAGGAUUCGUCCUCCUGCCGGUCCUCGGAGAUCGAACGGGGCGGUGAGGUUACGCCGCACAGUAGUAGCAGCUUGCUGAAACUGUUUGCCUCCAGGGGCUGGUGCCGGCGGUGGAGGAAAAGCGGCUGCAGCAGCAGCAUGUUGAGAGUGGAACGGACCAUAAAAUCGGCUCUUCUGAUUCAGCGUUGGUAUCGGCGGUUCCUUGCACGAAUGGAAAUCCGACGCCGCUAUACGUGGACCAUCUUCCAGAGCAUCGAAUAUGCCGGCGAGCAGGACCAAGUUCGGCUAUACAAUUUUUUCAACGCACUACUGACGCACAUUCCAGAAACCACCGGACGACCCGUCGAUUCCAGAGAGACCUCUCAGGCUUCUUCCACCGAGGCACUUGAUUUUAAGUUUUCCGACGAAUCGGAUGAGCUCGCUGAGGAAGGUAUAAAUGCACCCGAACGAGCCUACCAGGGACCACACCUCAAGUUUCCGCUUGACAAAAAGCAACUUGAUGUGAUAAUCGAUCUGUUUCGGAAGAAGAAAAAUCGGCUGCACGCAAAAUACGUUGCCGGAAUCUUGAAAGAGGCGGCAAGCAAACUGAAAAGGCUAUCGAAUUUAAAUCAAGCCUCGACCGCUAUCUCCAAACAGGUUACCAUUUGUGGGGACCUCCACGGGAAGCUGGAUGACUUGCUAGUGGUUUUUUAUAAGAAUGGCCUGCCAUCACCGGAGAAUCCGUAUGUUUUCAACGGCGACUUUGUCGAUCGAGGCAAAAAGGGCCUGGAAGUACUCCUGCUGCUGCUGUCCACGUUCCUAGUGUUUCCCGGUGGUGUGUUCCUAAAUCGUGGCAAUCACGAGGAUACGGUUAUGAAUGUACGGUAUGGUUUUGUUCGCGAGGUGCACCAAAAGUAUAAACACAACGCCGAACGACUGCUGAAGUUGAUUGACGAAGUUUACCGGUGGCUACCGUUGGGGACGAUCGUCAAUAACCGGGUGCUGGUGGUGCAUGGUGGCAUUUCCGAUUCCACCGAUCUGGAUCUCAUUCGGAGUUUGGACCGUGGAAAGUAUGUUUCACUAUUGCGACCUCCGCUUACUAGCAGCACCGCCCCAGGUGCGGAGGUUAUCGACAAAGUUGAAUGGAAACAGGUGUUCGAUAUCCUUUGGAGCGACCCGCAACCCAACGAAGGCUGCCGGCCGAAUUCGCUGCGCGGCGCCGGCACAUACUUCGGUCCGGAUGUGACCAACAAGUUCCUACAACGUUACAAGCUGCAGUAUCUAGUCCGAUCGCACGAGUGCAAGCCCGAGGGCUGGGAAGUCAUGCACGGUGGAAAGGUCAUUACGAUAUUUUCCGCCUCCAACUAUUACGAAAUUGGCUCCAACAAGGGUGCCUAUGUCAAGCUGGAUCCCCAGCUGGAUACCAAGUUCGUGCUGUACACGGCAGCCGCUUCCAAGACACGAAAGCUCACCUUCCGGCAGAGUGUCGGCCUGGUGGAGACUUCGGCACUGCGGGAACUGGCAGCACGGUUACGUGAACGUCGCGUCGAGCUCGAGCGCGAAUUUGUUUCGCGGGAUGAUAAAAAUUCCGGAAUGCUGACGGUCACCAAGUGGUGCGAGGCCUUGGAAGCCGCCACCAAUCUGGGUCUGCCCUGGCGAAUGCUCAAAGAUAAACUGGCUCCCCCGGAUAAUGCGGGGUUAAUAGCGAACGCCCCCGUCACGGAGUUGUGCUACCGAAAAACGUUACAUCUGCUCGAUACGGACUCCUUCAAUUGUGCCCAGAAUGGAACGACGACGGUAGCGGAGUCACUAUACAAAAACAAAAGCAGCCUGGAGGCCAUCUUUCGGAUUAUUGACAAGGACAAUUCCGGCCAGAUUUCGCUGGAGGAGUUCGAAGAGGCUUGCGCCCUGCUGGAGAAACAUUUUCCGCACAACACCCACGAACAGCUGCUGGAGAUGUGCAAAAUGAUGGACAUUAACAAGGACGGUCUGGUGGACCUGAACGAGUUUCUGGAAACCUUCCGGUUGUGCGAGAACGCGAAGGAGCAGCUGCUGACCAACCUGCAGGAGACGGCACUGGCGGCGGACAAGAAGGAAAACGGACACGACUCCGGUGGUAAGAACUGUGAGGGAACUGCGCCGAGUGGGGGCGCCACGCGUAAAAGUAACCGAAAGCGAGCGAGUGGUAAAAAGAAAAAUUCUUCUAAACUAGCCGAAGAUUCGGACGAUUAUGAAGAUUAUGAAGCGAAGGAUGGCAACUCGGGGCGGCCGGGUGACUCGAAGGCGGCAGCAGCAGCGGCGGCGACUAGCACGAACGGUAUGGUAACGGGGAUCGUGGCGGACGGAAACGGACAGGCGGGGGAGAAGAAUUAAAAACGUGGGUUGGGGGUUAGUCGGUGACUGGGUGCUUAUUGUUGAAUUUUUUUUAGCUUUUUCAAGCUGUGUUCUAUGAGCAGAGGCUAAAAGGCAUUUUUAUGGAAACUCGGUGAUUUCGACUCCAUAUAGAUUAAUUUCUCACUUUUUUUGUCUCUAGUCUUUCGCCAUAUUUCUCAAAAUGUUAUAUAUAUUUUUUAAUUAAUUUUUUUAUUUUUUAAAAUAUUUUACCAGGAAUUUUUGAUACAAGUAUUUCACGGCUUUUGGGCGUUUUCGGUUGUAACUUAUAAUCAUCUUGGCAUGUUUUCAAGCUUUAUCUUUUAAUUAUGUAGUGAUUUCAGGUUUGGUACAUAUUAUGAUCGACGUUUCUCUGCCUUUUCUAUUGAUUAUCGUCGAUUUUGGUCUCAAUUUCGAACGGUUUUACUUUUUUGUCUUAUCUAUGAUUUCACAAAUAUUUCUUAAAGUUUGUAAUGCGAAAUAUUCUCUUUUUUGCUCCUAUCUAUCCUUUAGACUUGGGCUGUCUUUUGACGAAGAACUACGUCUUUUAACAAGGGUGAAAAAUAAAAGUUUGAAAUCGAAGCUUGUAAGAAUCUUUGUUCAAUUUCACGUGCUUAUAACUUGGUUAGUAUUCAACAGAUUAUAUUCGUUUCAACAUCAAUUUGGAAAAUUAGUUACAUGUUUACCAAAAUGGGGCAAAUUGUAGUUUUAUGAUACUAACUUUUCUGGUUUUUGGAUAACAAUCUAAGACAACCAAUUGCACCGGAGCGGAAAAACUUCGGACGCCAUUUUGCCAUUCAUGGUGGCAAGUACCACCUAAUAUGGGUUUUACGGGAAUCAAUAUGAAGCUCAGAAACAAAACCGCAAAUCACCAUUUUGGAUUUCAAGAUGAUGAGAAAUCCUCUCAUCAUCUUGAAAUUCAAAACGGUGACUUGCGGCUUCUGGAAAACAGCCAACGUCUGGCUUCUGGAAACGGUUUCUGAAUUCGAAUUGUUGCCUUUUUCAGCUCUUAUACGUUAAACUUAUGAGUAAUUCUUUUCAACACCUUUUUCUGUAGCUAGUUCUGUAGUAAUCACUUCCAACAAUAUUAAGUUUCAUUUAAAAAUAUUAUCAAAUGCCCUUUCCUUCUUUUGCCAUUGGAAACGUUCAUUUCGGUUAUGUACGUUCAAACAGUAUCCUUUUCACGUUUUUGGACAUUAUAAUUAAAACUUCACAUUAUUUUAGCCUGGUUUUUGGUUCAAUUUAGAAUAUUUUUGUUAUUUUUCUACUCUAUUCAAAACUUUAGAUGCAAAUAUUUUAUGGUAUUUGAGCGUUUGGAGGUUCAUCUCCUAUUUGGCCUGGUGCUACUGUACUGUUAUUGCAGUACUUUAUUUGAUUCUGUUGACGAUUUCAUGGUUUUUUCCUUUUUGUAGAGCCAAAACACAACUGCAUCUAUUGAUUAGGAGUACUGUUGUACGACCCAUAUUCAAUUUUUAAAUCCAAAAUGCCGACUUUCGGUUUCCGAAAGUGACCAAAUACUAACCAAUAUGGCUGUUUCCGCAAUUGGGAGGGUACAGAGAGACUAAAAAUUGAGUCCAGAAAACAUUUUGAAAUCCAAAGUGGCAACUUCCGGUUUCUUUGUAAAUAAAUCAACUCCAGGCACCAUUUCGGAAACCAAAAUGGUGAUUUCUGGUAUUUGUUAAAAUAACCUGGAGGCAGGGAUGGUUUCUCCUCAGAGGAAAAAAGAGGAAAGUGAAAUUCUAACUCGCUGCUCUGUUUUCAAAUCGCGUGCUCUUCUCUUUGUUGCUUUGGCUUCUUUCUUGCGCUGAGUGCACAGGAGAUUGAGAAACCUACACAAAGAGAAAGUAAAUUGUUCCUCUACACAAAGUUGCUCUUUUCGGAACUUUGUGGAGCUCGCUUUGGUUUGUGUGAUGUACUGGUUAUUGGUAUUGGUAUUUUUCGAGUGUAAAAUCAAUCUCACAUUCUUCCACUAGCGCUGGUGUGCUUAGUCCAACCAGUGAUGCCACAUGUGCAAUUUUAUCUGUAUUUAUACAGAUCUUUACGUAUUUUCCAUACAGAUAUCUUCAUAUACAGAUUACAGAUUUCUGGAAAUAAUACAGAUUUAUACAGAUUUUUUUGGUUUUCCUGAUCGCAAAUUAAACUUCUUGAUACAGUAAAAAAAUGAACUUAAAUGUUGCAAGGCUUGUUUUAUUAUCAGGCUUGUAAACAGUCAACACUUUCAUUUUAUUUCGCUUCCUUAGCGUGCGUCACAGUAGGCUUUUGCUCGUGAAUGUCAAAAUACGUUCGAGGUAAAAACACGUCGUGAUGGCGAGUACUCGUUUGACAUGUUUGUUCAUGAAUGUAUUUAGUCACCGUCAGAGGAAAAAAAAACGAUUAUCGCAGUGAAGUGUUUCUACCUUGACCAUUUCGAAACCUGUAUAUUAUAUGUAUAUGCUUCGCGUGAGCGUGUGAAUGAACGAAUCAUGACAUAUGUUAAACAAGCUUUUCGAAAUUUUAUCAAAGUGACAAGAUUUUUUGAUCCUCAAAAUACAGAUGCAAAUAUGGCAUCACUGAGUACAACUUGUUAAUUAAUUGAUGAGGUUGGAAAAUGCCCCCGCGGGAAGGGUAAAAAGCAAGCGCCAAGCUAUAGCACAUCAUCAUAUUUCCAAGCUCUGAUACGUUCUCAUCACAAAACCAACAAACAAUUCAAUUAAAAAAAAAACAAUAUCUCUUAAUAGGCAAUAAAAGUUACCUAUACUGUUUUUUAAUAAUAUUGUAACAAAACAAAAAUAUAAUAUUGAUGUAAUAAUGACAAACCCAAAACACACGAGAAUUUUAGACACAGUAAUUCCCGGUCAUAAACACAUUAUGGGUAUUCAUGUCGAGCUCGUAAACGAAUACCCAGCCGUAAAAAUACUCAUCUCCAUUGACGAGUAAUGGAAGAUACACAGUUUACGGCUGGGUAUUCGUAUACGAGCUCGAUGUGAAGACCCCUAUUGCCUUUGACAGUGGUAAUUACCACAUUACUAUGAAAGAUUAUAGAGAUUAGAGUAGCUUGUAUUUUUGUUUCAUGCUCUAGCGCUUGCGGCAAGCGAAGUAACCAAUUUCUCAGUACAAAAAGAAACAAAGAGUGAAAUUGUGCACUAUCAUUUCUCUUUUUUCGUUCGCGUCAUUUCUGUUUGUGCUGGUGAGUUUCUCAACGGCUGCAGGCGUUCUUCUCAAUGUGAAGAACGGAAAGUUGACUAUUUGUGCACUUGAAGUGAGCAGAUAACAUCCCUGCCUGGAGGAAUAAACAAAAAUAACCAGUAGGGGUAUUUUCGUGCCCAGAAUGGUGUCCAGAGGCCAGAAAAUCGACUCCAAACACCAAUAUGGAAUCCAAGAUGGCGAUUUUCGGUUGCCUGUAAACAGCCAAUAAUGACCAACCCAAUGAAAAUCUUCUCGGAACCGGCCAUCUGAAAUUUCUUCAAGACCAGCACAUUCCUAGCGUCUAUCAAUUAAAAACAGAAUUGAAAAGAAGAGGUUUGCUUUGAGCUAAUAACUUGCGAUCACUUUCAAAUGUAACAAUGCAAGUAAUGUAGCAAACAAUCUUUUGUAGUUCUACGUCAACUUUGCGGUCGUGUCUUCGCACACAGUCCUCCUGAUUUUUUUUAUGUAUUUUCUGGAUACUUUUAUUAUCUUUUCACGCUUUUACAAGCGAUUUCUACCAGAUGAGCUUAAAAUCCAUGCUUCUGAAGUUCAUUCGUUGGCUUUCUUCAGUUCAAAACAAUUGAUGACCAGCAUUCUAAGUAUUCAUUUACAAAGGAAUUUUGACAACUUGGGUUCAUUUUUCUUACCAUUUCUAACCAUUAAAUGUUUGCAACUUCUUAUUAGAGUUAACGAGAUUUUACUUACGACAUAAAUUAACUUGAAUCUUAUUUACGAUCAUUUUGAAGAGCUACGAAGCCGCAAGGUUACAGAGUCCGCUUUGUCAAGCGGAUAGUCAUGGGUUCGAAUAUUAGUAGCAUCAGGCCUUUCGAUGUCAAAAAAGGGUUUAUUUUCACGCUCCCCACAAUUUACCUUUCCUUUACGAUGAAUUCUGUUACUGUUACUUGUGUUACUUCUUCUUAACAAAAUAAGACGCCCCUUUAAUAAAACUGGGCUUAAGGACGCCUGACGAAACUUCUCCAGGAAUUUAUAAUUGGCAGUAAAAGUGUAAAAGGAAGGGUUAAAUAAUAAGCAUGCCACUUGUCAACGCGAGAUUGCUAUUUGUUUCCCGUUUUUUGGUAAUCAUACAGUCAUUUCUGACGAUCCAAGGGUUGAUAGAAAAUAAGUGUAAAAAACUCUCCUCUCUUUUCUGAGUUUACUUCGGGGGUUUACGCUCAAAACCUUUUUUACGAUUUGUGAUCAUUACAAAUUAUGAAUAUUUUACAAUUUUUAUGCUUAGUUCUUGGCUCAUUCAUAAUAUUGUUGUCAUUUCUAUCUUUAAGAACAGUUGGGCAACUUAACAACGUUCGAUACAAGUAUUUCAUGCUAUGUUUUCAUAGUUUUUUUAUUAAAUAUUUAGUCUUUUUCGGUUUGGCACAUUACAUGAACAUUGUUUUUCACUUUAUCCGAAAAUUAUCGUCUAUUUCAAGCCCAGUUUGAACCAGGUUUCGUUCUUUUCCUCAUCUAAGCCAGGGUUUCCCGAAUCGUGUUCCGGGGCUUUUUUUUAAAAAAAAAAAACCAACCUCAAAGAAACGAUAUAUUUUUCAGUCAGCUGUCCAGAUUUCCUAAUCGAUGGAACACUUUUUUAAAAUCAAAAAAAGUACUUCUUUGGAUCAAUGAGAAAACUUUUGUCACUUCAAAAAUACUGAUGCCCCGUCAAAUAUUUUAGCUUGAAAAAGUGCUGAUCUAAGAGCAAUUGAAAGCAUUUUGCGACAAGAUUUUUUGUUUUUUUUCUCAUCUUCAGACUUAUGUUAUCUUUUUUACGCGUUUUCUGGUAAAUUUAGAAGGUUUUAGGCUAUUGUUUGAUUGUCUCCUUUAUCGCUUUCGACUUUGCUUUGCUGAAGCCAUUGCUGCUAAUGGAAUAUGUCUGACAUUCAGAGUUUUAGGGUUCCUCUGUUGUUUUUCUACGUCCCAGUUUGGAUUUUUCUAGAUUCAACACAGUUGGCGAUCAUUUUGUGCUUUUUGGACAAAGAAUUUUCGGCGAUUUCGAGCUUAUAUUUUUUGCUAUUUCUAACCAUAAAAUUUCGUUCACCGCUCUCCACAAGUUUAUGUUAUUUUGCUUUCGAUUCACGAUGUUUUCAGGUAUUACUAAAGAUUUUUUGUUUUUGUUUCUUUUCGGGCAUUGGGCAGAAGUGCCACUACGACAGUAAUGGUUGUCUUUUGUGGUUGACCCCGAUUGCUUUACACAGAUUACAGGAUGCUCGAACUCAUUGAUGGAGUUGAGCUAGUUGGUCGUAAGCCUGUGCCCCAACUCGGAACAACAUGGUUGAUGAAACCAAGCAAUGACCGUUUUAGGACUGGUGCUUUCGUAUGGAGUUGAGAGGUUAUUUCCGAAGAAGUUGAACCUCGAUAAAGCAAGAGCUCCGCAAAAAGCAAGAUGAAGCAAGAGCAAAUACGCUGAACUCUCAGGUUCAGCGCUGCAGAGGCGGCAAUUGCAGGUUGGGACUUUGCCGAUUUUCUUUAAAUGAUAGAGAGCGGGACAGUGUCCGGUGAGGAGUUCCAUGGUGAUGCGUAGUUCACUACGAGUUAAACUAAGUAACCUUUUGGUAACGGCAAAAUUGGGGUAGGAAAACUUGUCUACAACCCUGCGCACGUUGCCAAUGAGAUGCUAUUUCUAGCUUCUCCCAUGUACUUAGUUUGCCUUCAAUGGCGGAUCUGGAGAUACCCAGAAACGGUUCCGGUCCAAUGAAUUGCUGAGCAGAUCCUUGUCUUGCCAGGCUGUCGGCAUGUGCAUUUCCUUCGACUCCACAAUUUCCGGGUAACCUAAGUAGCAUAACUUUGUUGAGGCGGGAAAGUUCUCUGAGUGUUGCAAUGCACUCCCAGACUAGUCUAGAAACACAUGUGGCAGACUUUAAUGCCAGCAGUGCAGCCUGACUGUCUGAAAAGAUUCCGAUACGAUACGGCACAAUACAAAUCAAUGUUUAACGGCACCAGUUACAUCUGGUGUCUUACUUUCUCAAGUAUCUUGAAAACUUUGGGCUUGUUUUUCAUCUUCGCUGCCUAAAAGCUAAAAUGAAAUCUAAGCUUCUAACUUGAUAUUCGUCAAAUAGCCUUAAAUAAGCAGUAUAGAUGGUAUGUUCCGCCGAGCAGGAUAUCACGGAUUUGUUGUUGUUAUUGUUUCACUUGAUCUAGUCUACAAAGACAUACCGGAAGAUUAACUCUCAAUAGUCACGUAUAAGAGCUAGAAGAAAUCUAGUCUUCAUUGUAUAAUGCAUGACACUAAGCGUGCUAGUGCUGCUCGUUGUUGGUUGAAUAGUGUUCUGUAUAAAUCUCAUGAGUUCAAAAUAAUUCGCGGCGUCACCCUCGUAGUGUCUGAAGUUUUGUUAACAGUAAAAGGAAAAACUCGAGCAUCCCUUCAACGUGUUUCUUGAUAGUGAGGAAUCCCAAAUCAAAAGCAGCAGAUUCUGCAACAACACCACUAAUUGUCCCCUGUUCAAAGAUUGCCGCGAAGUUUUUCGAAACAUUUAACACGAUUCAUCAAAAUCACGCCUAUUUUCGGUCUGAAGGGAAGCUAUUAAUUUAGACCUGGCGUCACGGUGUACAGGGCAUAACCAAACAACGUGCUCUAUGUCGUGAUAACCUUCAUCACAGGCACAGAUACCACUUUCCCCGAGCCCAAUACGACGGAGAUGCGCGUCAAAUCUAUAGUGAUUGGGCAAUAGCCGGGACAUCACGCAAAUGAAAUCUCGACCUACAUCCAACCCCUUGAACCCCUUGGAAUGUAAUCACCUUCCCAGUUCCCCUUUGACUCCUUGACCCUCUGACGUACAAGUGCAAGAAAUUCAAUAAAUGCAAUUGGCCUUUCAUAAAUGUUACUAUUUGUUGUGCCUGGUAAAACAAAUAUUUCGAGAAAUAUCGACUAAGGGAGAAAAAGUCCCAGAGCGUCGUUUUUUUUUCGAAAAUUGUUGUAUUAAUUUUCAGUCCUUGGGUAUCAUCCUGGUUCUGGAAAUCUUCACAUUGGGAAGGAUUGAGCCAUUUUAGGCCGUUCUGAAGAGAAUGGGAGUCACCAUCUCAGAUUUCCAUCCACCGUCAGUGAAAUAGGACUUUACUCGAGCGGCUCUAUGUUAAUUUUAACGACUUUAGCAGUAUGAGGCCGAACGUUGUCAUGCAGUAAAAUCACUUUUUCGUGCCUCUGCUCAUAUUGUGGCCAAUUUUUGCGUAGUGCUCGGCCUUAUCGCAUCAAUUGAAGUUGAUGGUUUCGUUCUGUUUCAUCAGGUUAAAAAAAAAACAUCGAACUGGUCCUACCAAAUAUACAGCAUAACCUUCGCAGCGUGUAUACUCGGCCAAACCGAUGACGUAUAAGCAUGACCAGGCAUUCCCCCAUGACUUUUGAUUGCUGCAAUGAAUCCAUUUUCCAUCACUUGUCACGAUGCAAUGAAGAAAACCCUUCCUUUUGCCGUUGAAGCAGUUGUUCACAGGCGAAGAAAAAAAAACACCUUUAUAUGAUUCUGUUAAUGAUUUUCGUCUAUUUUAGGGUUACUUUGAGAUCACUGUUUUUAGAGCUAUUAAUCAGUGAUUAUAUCGGUGUCUCACACUUUAGUCUAAUAUUUGUAUCUAACAAUUAUUUAACCUUUUUCGUUUCAACGCAAACCACAAUCUUAGUUUUUCUUCCAUUUCUAAUAUUUAUCGCCAAAUUUAGGCUCAACUUAGAACGGGUCCCUGCGCGUCUGCGUCGGUAGUAAGAAAUAAGCGGUCGUCCAUAAUGUUCCAGUUUAAACGCAUGUUCGGCCCGGGUGAGUUUCACUCAACUAAGGGUUUUCGGAGCAGUUUUUUUUAGCUUAUAGACGUUUUAACCUUUUCGGUCAUUCGCGAAUUUUGGAGUGUAGUGAUUUUACGAGGUGUAUCAAGAUGACCGUUUAGCCGGAGACUGCUCAAUCGGUGGUUCUGUCUAAGCACGUUGCAAACCAGAGAAGAUUUCAUUCGUUCGACAAAUAUCGUGAUUAAUGUAAUAACUACGCGAUGUAUACCUUUCAAAGAACUGCAUUUUCUUAAGUGCAUUUGCUUUCUCGAAGGUAUUCGGGAUUGAUAAUAGAAAUUGAUAUAAAUACUUAGAUGCUUCCGAUGAUAGAUGAUUUUUGCGCGCGUCAUUCACAGAGGAUCGCGAAUCGUUAGUUCGUUUUUGUAAUGAGCUAGGCUUACACGCAACAUCGUUCAAUUCCGUCAAUUACCACUGGACAUUAAAAAACCCUCUUCCUUCGCCGCAGUCGUAGAAAUUUAGAAAUAUACUCGGUCUCGACCUGAACAGUCAGGCGAAGAUUGUUAACAAGUUGUUUUUAUAUCGGCUUGUUACAAAUUGAAGUAGGUUUUGUUCGGUCGAUAAGUAUCGUUAUUAAUCAAACGGCUACUUUCGCAUGCCUUCGUAAUAAGUUAACUCCGCGCGCAACGUUGUUUGAUUUAUCACUUACCACGGUGACCAAACCAUACCUUUCCGUCGCAGUCGUGGAGAUGCAGAGGUAAACUCGGUCUCCGACAACAACGACUGUGACAUCUCCUUCCUUACAAUCUCCUUCUUUACCCUAGCGAUCGUAAGUACGUGGCCGGCGCCGUUAUGGAUCUAUACAAAGCGGAAGCUACUAAAUUUUGAUACAUUGAAGAUGGUAAACUAAUCCCAAGUUGCCAUAUACGUGGUUCCCUGUGCAACUUCACUGGCUCCGAUCCAUCACGGAGGAGCAACUACGAAGCUCAGUUCAAGCGCAAGCUCAAGCUCAAAUUAGAACGGGUUUCUUUACUUAACUUUUCCAAGCCUUCGAAGUUAUUGCUCAUGGUCUGUUAUGCAAUUUAUUUUUGUUUAUUUCUGACUUGGGCUAUCCUUUUUCACGCGUUUGCUGGUCAAUAAUGGCGCUUUUGUGCUCGCUUUUCUCGAUCGUUCUUGAUCUAGCUUUCAGAUACGAUUUCCAGCAAUUUAGUCUGAUUGAAAUUAAUCAUCAUUCAAUCAAAUUGAACAACUUGUGCUUUUUUUCGUUUUUGUAAAAAAUCUUCGGUAAAUUUAAUUUUGAUUUGAGAUCUUUUUUUCAGCCAUUUUAGUCAUUAGACUUUUCUUAUCAUUUUAUUGAAUAGUAAAUUUUUUUUCUAUAAUUUUUUUUACUUUCGCGUGCGAUUUUGGUGAUUUUAAGCUCAAUUCAGCAUCAUUUUUCUAUAUCUCCUCGUUGAAAGUUACGGUUUCUAAUGCUUCGAUUUUGGAUUUUAGCCAUUUACGGUGAUCUUGGUUUGUUAUUUUGAUAAUUACAGGAUUCAAUUUGGGAUGAUUUUGUUUCAAUACCUCUUCUUUCGCCAAUAAAGCCGUUUCAGGCUCAGGUCAGAAUUAUAACUUUCGGUUCGCUUUCGUAGCGAUUGGCAGUGUUUAUUUUGUUUUUUUUUAGAUUCUCGCCCAGUACGAUUCUAAUUUAACAUAUGUUCACACUUAGAUGUCAAUGCCGAGAAUUCAACAGCUGAUAAAAUCAGCGAAAUGUUCUACAUGUUUUCGGCAGAAUUUUCAAGAACUUCGGUAAAUGAAAUGUCAAUAUUUGCUGGGUUAUGGUAAAUAUAUUACUGACAUUUGUUAAAAACUUGACCGAGCUCGAUCAGCUGUUUACCUAGAUAAAUUAAGAGUGUUUGCCUAAGCGAUCAGAAAUUUCAUAAUCAAUUUGGGCUUUCCUCACCUUCGACUUCGAGAUUUUCCAUAGCAGGUAAAAACUUUUUUUUCAAUAUUGCAAUUAUUUCAUUGAAAUAGUGAAGUAUGUUCCUAAACAUUGUACAGUUGAUGGAUUGACUCUAGGUUGACAAGCUCUAUCAUCCCAAAAAUGACGUCUAAAUUUUACACCCAAUUGAGAGUCGCACAACCAUACUAUUUUGGGCGCUGUAAUGUUUUUGAGUUUCCCAAAUUGACAUCUGCGCAUACGCUGGCGCUGCCGUUGAUACAAAAAACGCAACGCGAAUACAGCGCCAGGUUAAGAUUACAAGUAUUCCUCGUUGUAACGUUAUCGUUUUUUCACACAAUAAAAUUAAACUAUGAAAAGUACGGUUACUGAAAUUGUCGGUCAUGUUCGAAACAUUAAUAACGUUUACUUUUAUUAUAAAUUUAUAAUAAUAAAACCACAGACUAACAGACAUAACACGUCGAACAAAUUUUCAAUAAAAUCAUCGUUUGGAUGAUUCCAGUAACACUAGCACCAUCUGCUGUCGAGUUCGCGCUGCGUCAUGUAUUUCGACAUCAGCGCCAGCGUUACUGCAUGUGUCAAAUGGGGAACUACAAAAUAUGUAUGAGAUUGCAUGACAGCGCCCCAGACGAUGUUUUCGCGCGAUGUCUGUUAUUCGAUUGAAAAUUUGAAAUGAACGUUUUUUGUGGCGAUGGAGUUAGCACAGACUAACAGACGUAACACUGGAACCUGUCACCAUCGCCACAAAAAACGUUCAUUUCAAAUUUUCAAUUGAAUAACAGUCGUCGCGCGAAAACGUCGUCUGGGGCGCUGUCAUGCAAUCUCAUACAUAUUUUGUAGUUCCCCAUUUGAUACAUGCAUUAACGCUGGCACUGAUGUCGAAAUACAUGACGCAGCGCGAACACGACAGCAGAUGGUGCUAGUGUUACUAACGUAAAGUACUGGAAUCGUCCGAACGAUGAUUUUAUUGAAAAUUUAUUCGACGUGUUAUGUCUGUUAGUCUGUGGAGUUAGGUUCCAGUGUUACGUCUGUUAGUCUGUGAUAAAACCAUGAUUGGAUAUACUGUAAAUUCGUUAUAUCGGGAUAGAAGUGAUAAAAAAAGUUACGUUUUAACUAGAAAUACUUGUUUCAGUUUGUGGUUUGUUAUAAUUUCAUUUUAUGUAUUUCGUAAUUGCAUCACAACUUGCAUUAGCUUUCGUUUAGUUUCAUCUUUAUGUGCCCUCAUAGUGCCGCUCAAUUGGAAACAAUUCUAACAAUUUUAUUUUAGCUCUUGAUUCUUUAUUGUAGUUUUACCGUUUGAGUGAGUUUUUUUUUAAAUUCAUCCCAAUGUUUUCAUAUUGAAGCGCAGUUCGCAGACUAGAGGUCAGAUUCAACUUGUUUGAUUUUGAAGUCGCUUUAUUGAAUUUCUAUUGUCGAUAUUUUCAACGCGAAUUUAAGAAUUUUAAAUAUCGGUCUUUUGAACAGGAGUUAUAACGCUAGUUUUCUCCAUUUAAUUUAUAUGUAAUGCAAAAUUUUUGUUUAGUUUGUGAUAUAAGUAACAUUUUAAGUUAGAAUUUUCAAGCAAUUUCGCAGUAAGUGUCAUCAUUUUUAUAAUUUAAUCACGCUCUUCGCAGCAUAUACGCGAGUUCCUCUUUGAGGAAAUUAUGAAAACCACUUUCUCGGUUAACUUCAAUAAUCGAUAAUCAAGUGUCGGAACGGUGCCCCACCAAAGUGGUGGUAGCGGUUUCCCCCACCGAGUUAAGCAAGAAUUUCAUUCUAUUUGCCGCUCGAUUGCUCUUCCAGUGCUAAUUUAAUUUACCUCGGCAUCACUUGCUUCACUCGGUUCGUGCUUCCACUUCAAACACAAUCGCUGAUACCGGAAGUGACACUCGAGCAGCCAAAAAAGUGUCAACAUCAUUUGGCCUGCAAAAAGCAUCAUGGCCGCAUAAUUGUGAAAAUAAUGUUGCUUUUUCAUAUAAUAUCAUCUGCAAAGAUGUUUUGCCCAACAGCAGCAGCAUGCUAGUAAUUAAUGGAAUUUCAUCCUUAAUAGAAAUUCCUGCCAAGUUUUUCCCUUUAGUUGCAAGCCAAGUCAACGACGAAAGUUUUAUCUGAAUUUCAUCUUAUUUCACUAAGAGCUCGGUUUGUGGUUUAAACCUUGCGGUUUACCGCGCGGGAAACUCUAAUAUCAUAAGUAUAUUUUCAACCCAAAUCUUUUCUUCUGUUUCAAAGCAUCACGAAGGUACCGAUUAAAUAACGAGCAAAGACCAAAUGAAGCAAGAAGUAAGCAAACCUGAUUCAAAACCUAUUAUCUCAAAUCGUAUCACUAGAACCAAUCCAGAGCAAUACCACUUCCUAAAAUGUUACGAAGAUGAUUGAUAAGAAUUUUAAGACGUACAAAUUGUAAGUAAUAUAUAUUUUCUCUCCUAUACCACUAAUUAUAACCAUUUAUCUGUGGCAAAGCAGAUCGUCCGAAAGGGGGCAAAAAUAAGCUUUAAAUAGUUUCGAUUUUCAGCUAGUAUAACUAAGAAAAUAAACAAAAACAUGCAACGGAAUGAAUCAAACAGCCUCGACAACCGUAAUACAAAGAAAACAAACAAAGCAAAACCGAUGGUUUCUCGUACAACCAAACACAUCCAAUUUCCUCAAUGUAAUCGCUCGAUUUAAAUAAUGAAUAGUAAAGACAUAAACGAGCAAACAAAAAAAAAAAAAAAAAAACAUAGCUUCGCAUGGCCAACAACUCUACAACUACAUUUUCGAAAGUCUUUUUAAAAUGUUCACUGUUCUCAGCAAAAAAAAAAAAAUACAUGUAACCGCAAAUACAACCGAAAGGAGCACAUAACUGCACCGAACGUGGUUUAAGAAGGCACCAUCUUUUUUCGAUCUCAUUGUGUGUAGAGUAGUAGACAAAUAUUAAAAAGGACUAAAAAAACGAUUUUUCGAGUUUUACAGCUCUACUUCUUUGUCAUCUGUUAUAGAAUUGUAAUCAAUAGGAUAGUCAGUGAGAAAGAAAAAUAGCAAAUAAAAAAUAAAUAAAAAACAUUUUCCAUCUAAGCUUGUUUGGAAGCUCUUAAUCAGCGUCCUAAUAAAAUGAACCAAAUUCGAGCGACAUCCCCGUGGUUUUAUUGUUGGCUUUGUUGCAGCUCAGCUCGAUUCGUUAGAAAAAGAAAAAAAAAGAAAAAGUAACAGAAAUCAUAAAAGACUUACCACGCAGUGAUUACGAAGUGCUAUUGAUUAUAUAUACUCACAUCUCAUUACAGUUCAGUAAACUUUUCAGCAUAGUGACAUCAGUUGACAGACACAAUCGCUUAGUGUAUGGUUAAGAAGCUUACCUCUUCGUUAUAUUUUGUCCCGUGUGUCGGUGAAUGAUGAUAUAGGUAUAUUGCGUUCGACAUUAUCAACAGUUGUGUUUUUACGCGAAGUUCUUUAAUACAAGAAAAAAAAACAUGUAACGAAUGAACGGUUAGAUAAACCAUUUACAGAAUACUAGUAUUUACUAUGGCGAUUUUUUCUAUACAACGUUAGUGAGAUAAGUGAAAAAAGUCCUAUUUCAUGUUUUUCGACAGCUGUAAGCAGAUAUUAAUAUAUAUUCAUGAUGAUGCGCCAACAGCGCAUCUCUAAAAAAUAGACUAAAUAUCAUUGUUUUGUGAUGGUGUUAUCCCAGCAAAAGACGAAAAAUAAAGUUUAUGAACUAUUA